AUCAAAUUAAAAAAAUGAAUUUAUUGUUUAUUAUUAUUAAUUUGUUCCCAUUAUUUCUAGCAAUAGCUAAUGCAAACAUUUUGUUUAAUUUAGAUAAUGCUAAUAAACAAUACAAUCAAUUGGAUGAUCCAAGAAAUUUUACCGGAAAAGUUGUAUUGACUACCGGUUCGAGUAGUGGUAUCGGUGCCGGUAUUGCCAAACUGUUUGCCCAAUUGGGUGCCAAUGUUGUCAUCACUGGUAGAAAUCAAACUGAAAUCCAAUUAGUGGCCAAUGAAUGCCAACAGUUAUCACCGAAAAAACUAAAGCCAUUGCAAGUUAAGGCCGAUGUUAGCAAUAGUACUGAAUUGCAGUCACUAUUGGAUCAGACAAUCAAAACGUACGGCCAGUUGGAUGUAUUGGUCAACAACGCCGGUAUGGGUGCCGGAGCCGCAGUUACCGACAAACAAUUUAUGCCCGUAUUUGACAAACUAAUGGCCGUUAAUUUGCGUCCGUAUGUCGAACUAAGUCAUCUAUCGGUACCAUAUUUGAACAAAACUAACGGCACUAUUAUCAGCAUAUCUAGUGUAUCGGCUAUAGCACCGACUAAAGGUGUUUUAGCCUAUUCAGUGUCCAAAGCGGCCAUCGAUAUGAUGGGUCGGGUAUUGGCACUUGAAUUGGGACCCAAUAUACGGGUCAAUACAAUCAACCCUGGUUAUAUUGAUACACCAUUUCAUCAAGGUGAUCGCAAAAUUAUUGAUGAACUAAUGAAAUACAUAAGCUCUAAGACACCGAUGAAACGUAUCGGUCGACCCGAGGAUGUGGCCGAUGCUUGUGUUUGGUUGGCCUCCCGAUCGGCCAGUUUUAUAACCGGUGCCAAUCUGGUCGUCGACGGCGGUAUUGUCUAUAAUAUUGGCGGUUUAUUUUAA